AAAGUUUCCAGCGAUAACUGGCGAUAGCCGUGUUGUGCCGGCGGGGGGAUGCUUGCUGUCGCCUUGUGACUCCACCGCGUUGCGCCGUUUGUCGCCGGUUUGACCGUCGCGUCGCAGAGGACCUGCAAAGUGGCAACAUGGGUUCCCUGGUGACGGUUCCGUCCAGUGGGGAGCCGCCGGUCUCCUCGAGCAGCGAGGCUCUGGCUGAGGCGUUGGCAGCACUGGUGGCGGCUAUCAGGUCAGCGACGGACUCCGUCCCGGCUCCGCUGAUGGAGCACGCGCCGCCACUGGUACGUGCUGUGACGACGGACGACCGCGAGGCGAUGCGCCGGCUCGUGGAGUCGGAGGACGGGCUGAACGUCCCCAACGGCGGCGGCAAGACGCCCCUGCACUGGGCCGUCCUCGUGGAGGAGGGCGUCGUCUUGCAGAGCCUGCUGGCCUUCGGCAGGUGCAGCGGUGGUGUGGGCGGCCCGCGGCUGCAUCUGGACGCGGCCGAAGUGAACGGCUUCACGGCGCUGCACUACGCGGCGGUGACGCGCAACUCGUUCGCGACGCACCUGCUGCUGCAGGCGGGGGCCACGGUCGACUGCCGCGAGAUCGACGGCCAGACGCCGCUGAUGAAGGCGGCCAGGUGGGACGACGUGGCGCAGUGCCGCGCGCUGCUGGCGGCGGGGGCCGACGCGGCGGCCGCCGACAGGGCCGGCAGGACGGCGCUCCAGCUGGCGGCGGCCGCGGGCACCGCCGACAUUGUGAGGCUGCUGCUGGAGCGCGGCGCGCGGGCGGAAGCCGCCGACAAGGCGGGCCGCACGGCGCUCAACUACGCACUGCGCCACUCGCGGCUGGACGCGGCGCGGCUGCUGCUGCCCACGGCCGCCUACACCCCGCGCGUGGACAACACCGGCCGCACGGAGCUGCACUGGGCAGCGGCCAACGGCACGGCGGAUAUCGUGCAGCGGUUGCUCAGCUUCGGGCCGCCAAGGUGGCACCAAGACAUGGCGGGCAUGACACCGCUGCUGCGGGCGCUGCAGGCCCGUAACGAGGCGACGGCCACCUGUCUGCUGGACGCGCCGAGCCGCCACAAGCGGGCCGCCGACCGCGUGGGCAUGACGGCGCUGCACUGGGCGGCGCGCGCGGGCUUGCCGCGGCUGCUGAAGCGCCUGCUGGAGGAGGGCGGCUCGGCGUGGACGCCCGACCACAAGGGCCGCGACGCGCUCAUGCUGGCGCUGCUCAGCGACGACGAGGAGACGGUGGCCGUCGUGCUCGGCCACGACGGCUUCCGCCAGCGCGCCGACAACUUCGGCAAGACGGCGCUGCACCUGGCUGCGACGCGCGGCCACGCCGCCAUCGCGCUCAACUUGCUGCAGCACGGCGCCGACACCGACGUCAGGGACUUCCUGGGCUGGACCCCGCUGGCGUGCGCUGUCUACUACAAGGCGGACGCCGUCGUGGACGUCCUGCGCUGCUACUCGGCAGAGGAGGAGCCGGUGCACCACACGGAGUAAUGCGUGCUGCGUCGUGCCGCCGUGGCAGGUGUGGAGCGGCAGACCUGCGUUGCCAGGGAAGGAACAUUUGGUGCAGGUGACGAGUUAGAAGAUAGGUGCCAGCAUGUUAAAAGUGGCAAGGGGCAAAAAGACUCAUUUCUUCUUGUCAAAUAAAGGACAAGCACCUUCCGGAAUGCAUCCUCUGCAGCUCUGCGUAAACAAUUGGUCAACUGUCUAUUCAUUCCACCAUGUACCAUUUGUUUUAUUUAUGGAAAAGAAAACUGAAAAUUGCUAGUGAUUCCAUGAGUAGUUUAAAACAGACGAUGAGAGAAAUUUUUAAAUCCAUGUGAUAACGAAGUUGCUGUCCUAUUGGAGAAAUCUGCUGGAACAACUUUGCAAAAUGUUUUAACUUUCCUCCCAUGUAUUGUUUUAAAUUACUACCUUGUGUCUACCUCUGUGAAUCUGUUAGACUGAAUUCAUUAAGUCGUGCAUAUACCUGUUCCAAGCUGCAUGCAAGUGUGUCAGGCUCAAAUAAAGGCAUACAAAUGA